AUGGGACCUCCACCCCUGACUCUGAGAUUUUCCGACGAGACCACGGUUUGGUCUCAAACACCACUGAUCACGGCGUCCGCAGUUGCUCCCCCGCUCUUCCGGGCCUCUGUCCUCGACCCUAUCUACCGCCAACCAUCAACGCCCUUGAGUGACCCUCGGCUGGAAGAAUAUGGCUCUCUGAGACGAGAUCCACAGCGAAGCAGCUCACCUUUACCGCCUCCGGCAGUGCACGGGAAGGAUAUUUCGCGUCCGUCAUCAACCAAUCUUCCGUACACAGGCAGUCACUUCUUCAAUCAACCACAGUUCCAUGCGAGAAGUGUGAGCUUCAAUCUCGGGCGGGACUAUCACUCCGAACCACGACCGGCACUGCCAGGAUUGUCGGCACUGACAUCCCUGGCAGCGGCUGCACCACCGCCACCACCAACUGUCAGGUCAUUUUCGGGCAGCAGCUAUGGUUCACAAUUGAGUUAUUCGGGUACAAUGGCACCUGUGCCAACGCCUGGAAUUGCAGGCAAUGCUCCACCUGAAGCGCGGAUUGAUGCCAAGGCUGCAUUGUGGCUGGCGCCGGUUUUCCUGUCGGUCGGUCACGGGGUUAAACUUCGGUUUCUUAUCGUUAUCGAAACCUGCGAUUCCUGGGAUUCGAUCACCACCCAAAAUAUCAUGGCUGCUUCAAUAUCCUCAGGUGCUGACCAGAAUGCCCCCUUUACGCAGCCUGUUUGUCAAAACUGCCAAACGUCAACGACACCCUUAUGGCGCCGCGAUGAAGCCGGAUCCGUCCUCUGCAAUGCCUGCGGCUUGUUCCUCAAGUUGCAUGGCCGCCCGCGACCCAUCAGCCUCAAGACCGACGUGAUAAAGAGUCGCAAUCGAGUCAAGACCUCAAGUCAAGGUCCGAAGAAGAAGUUUGACCAGAAUGGGAACCAGCCGCCCCAGACCGACAGUCCGAACGGCAUCAAUCCUCAUCGACGGGUGUCACAGAUGGCAGCUUCCGUCGCCUCUGAUAGAUCGCAUUCUCCCAUAUCACGAACCGGAACCCCUGCGGGUCAUCACGACCCAAAUAUCGCUCCUCAACACGUCUUCGAUGGGAUAUCUGCCACCGGGGAUUCGCACUACAACCAUCACAACAACGGAUCGCCAACCGACCAGUCUCUCAAUCCACACGCCGCGCAACCCUCUCCCAGUGCAGCCUCGAUGCACAACAGUCAAAAUGCCGAAUCGUCUAUGAGUUACGAACAACUAGCUGCCCUCAACACGCGCCUGCGCACGCGAGUCUCCGAGUUGGAGGUCAUCAACAUGGUCUAUCACGAUAACGAACAGAAUCUGUGCCGGGAACGGGACAGGGCCAUCCAAGAGCGCGAAGAAUGGAAACACAAGGCUGAAGAGCUGCAGCGAAGGCUCCAAGAGAUUAACGACCAAGGACACAUUGCGAAGAAGCCACGACUCUCACAAGAACCUAAAGAAUGA